UACUUUGCAGAGUAAAUUGACCAUUGCAACAAAGUUGCCGACAGGGAUAGUUCUUUCUCCGCUGCUCAACCAAAAACCGAGCGAUUCAAGAAUGUAGACGUUCCAUUGGGAUAACAACCACGCACAUCGAAACACAGCUAAAGAUGGAGAGGAGUCUCCCUGUGUAGGUCCAUGAUGGACAUCGUCUUGACCACAGCAGCUGAAGGCCCCCUCCAAGCUCAUGUAUGUACGUUGUUAUGGCAACAAUGGAUGGAAACACGGACGUUGAGACCCUGUUGGCUGCGAUCCACCUGGAGCGAUACCUGAAGACCUUCCGCCAGUCUGGCUUCCUCUUGGCCAGGGACCUCAGCCACCUAGACAAUGGAGCUCUCAUCCAGCUGGGUGUAACUGCCACCGGACACAGGAAGAGAAUACUGAGACUGGUCCAGCACAUUCAGAGGGCUACCAAUCAGAAUCAGUCGAUUCCGGAGCCAUUAGAGCCCUUAUUGGACCGUUGUCAGUCUGAGUCUGACAUUAAUUCCACACCCAUCCAAUCAGGAGGGCCGAGGUCUGACCAAGGGGGCGAAACGGGGGAUAUUCCGUUUGAAGCUUUCUGGAAUAGUUCCGUUCCGAACAUUCCAUCCAUGUUGAUGAACUCCGGGUCAGAACAGCAGCAGUACAAUGGGAAUGUUGUCAUAAAACCGGUUCCAAAACCUAGAACGGUAUUCUACAUACACAAAACAGAACCCGCCCGGUUUCUCUCCUGUCCCGCAUCACUGACACCACCAGAUCCCCUGGUUCUAACCCUAACCAGGAAACCUUCUCAGGAAUCUCUCUGCUUCACCAUAUUGGAAGGUUUGGCUUCAGGAGAAUUUAACACUGACACAGUGAUGGUGGGGCCUACCCCUAACCCUACACCUACCCCUGCCCUGAGACACAGCCUAAGCCUGAGAGAGAGGAGGCUGAGUAACUCCUCAGACUCUGGAGGUCCCCUGCCCCCUGUUCCCCCUCGGCUGAACCGAGGUACCCCUCCAGCCGUGUUUAGGGGACCUACAUCCACACCACCGUCAUCUGGUGGAAGGACUGAACAAAAACAGGACCAGUGCAUGACAACCACACCUCCCUCAUCCCCUUGUAACUAUGACGACACUGGAUUCCCCUCUUCGACCACUUCCCCUCCCGGCUCCCCGAUGGAGAUGGUCUCCAAUGAGAUCUACUGUGGCACUUCACCUGGCACGGCAGCUAGUAGUGGACGUAUUCCCUGCAACGCUCCUCAAACACCACCACGGCCAGAGAUCCACACCUCUCCUGAAAGAAAUAGCACUUUAAGUAACAACUCUUGUGAAUCGUCCCACGGAGUCCCCAUGGAGGACCCAGAGGAGGAGAUCAGUCCCUACUGUGAAACGGUCUUCCAGACCAGACGACCACUGCAGCACUCUGAGGCGGAAAGGACCAACAGUGAAGGAAAGACCGGAAUGACAAGAAAGGAGGAAGAGAAGCACAGAGAGGAUCAUGGGACACCCAAACUCUCCUGGGCCCAACGUCUGUCCCACGCCCUCCACAGUGAGUCCCAGGGUUACAGCACAGUAGGAGAGGCAGCACCACCCCCUCGCUGCCUCUCCUUACCCUCCAACCUGUACCCGUCGGAGCCAGAUGAGGACCAGACGAUAUCCCCCUACGCCAGCUACACAUCUCUCUCUGAGCAGACUGAACCCAUCAUCUGUGGCUGGCUGGAUAAGCUAUCACCACAAGGGAACUAUGUAUUCCAGAAACGCUAUGUGAAGUUUGAUGGCAAAAAUCUGCUGUACUUCGGCAGUGAAAAGGACCCGUACCCCAAAGGAGUGAUUCCUCUGGCUGCCAUACAGAUGGCCCGCAUGGCCAAAGACAAUAAAUUUGAGAUAGUGACAAGUCACAGGACGUUUGUCUUCCGGGCUGAUAACGAAGUGCAGAGACAUCAGUGGUGCAGUACUCUACAGGGGAGGGUGAAGGAACAGCUUGUGUUCGGGCGCCCUCGCUUCGGUCCUGGCAGCCACUGUCAGAGGAGUGGUCCUCUGGAGCUCAAAGGUACCAAGUCAAAAGUCUACGUGGCCAUCAACACAGAGCAGGUCUGGCUGUACAAGACUGAGCAGUGUUUUAGGAAUGGCAUUGGAAUCACGCUGAUCGAGGCCAGAGGAGCUACGAUUAGAGACGGCAAAGGAAAAAGCUUUGACCUCAUCACACCUUACAAAACAUUCAGUUUCACAGCUGAGUCUGAGCGGGAUAAGAGGGACUGGAUGGAGGCUGUACAGGAGUCCAUAGCAGAGACCCUGUCUGACUACGAGGUGGCUGAGAAGAUCUGGUCCAACAGGUUCAAUAAGCUCUGUGCUGACUGCCAAGCAGUCAACCCUGACUGGGCCUCCAUUAACCUCUGUGUUGUCAUCUGUAAGAACUGUGCAGGUCAACACAGAGGUCUGGGGACUAUGGUGUCUAAAGUACAGAGCCUGAAACUGGACACCAGUGUGUGGAGCAACGAGAUCGUCCAGCUCUUCAUAAUGUUGGGGAACGACCGAGCCAAUGAGUUCUGGGCGGCCAGGUUAUCUCCAGCCGACGGGUUAGACCGUGACGCCACACCGGACCAGCGGAAGGAGUUCAUCAUCCAUAAGUACCGUGAGGGGCGCUACCGACACCCCCACCCCCACCCCCACUUCAACACACAGGAGGAGCUGCUCAAGGUUCUGUGUACUGCUGUGACCCAGCAGAACCUGCUGAAGACAGUCACCCAGAUCUUCACCGAGGCAGAGGCGGUCCGAUCCCGCCUCGCUGCCUCUAAUGGAUAUGACAAGCAUCUGUCUCAGGAAUACUCCCGCUCACAGGACACCUCGGACCACAGUGUCUAUGAUGAGAUUAUGCAGGCCGUGCUGCACUCCGGCUACCUCUACAAGUCAGCCUCAAUGAACAAAGGGACAUUAUCCAGGAAAACCCGAGAAGAUUUCCAGAAGUACUGGUGCACAGUGGAGAGGUCUCUUCUGUUCUACGAGUCUGACCGAUGUCCUGAUCCUAGCAUGAAGAUUAACGUCAAGGACAUCGUCUGUCUGGGGGUCAGCAGGCCGGACUCCUGCAACAACAACGGCUUCAUUGACAGGUUUCUCUAUACCUUUCAACUGUACCUGUCCUCAGAGAAGCUCUAUCAGUUUGGAUUGGAAACUCCUGAUGCGCUGCAAUGUUGGGUCAAGGCCAUCGGAAAGGCCGCCACACCUUUAAGCUGCCACUGCCUGCUAGCGAGGGAGUUUGAGCGGGUGGGAGUGCUGCGUUACAAGGCCAUGCGAGACCCUUCUCAGUGGAAAGAGGGCUAUUUUGUCCUUCAGAAGUCUAACCUGUUCAUCUGCCCAGGGAACGACGGAGCAGCUGAGGACAUUAUCAACCUUAAACGUCUGCAAGAGCUCAGUAUAGUAACUGAGAACCAAAACCAUGAGAAGAAGGAAAUUCUGGUUUUGGUUGAAAAAGGAAGAACGCUUCACCUCCAGGGGAUGGGUCGGUUAGACUUCUCCCUGUGGUACGCAGACAUCCAGAGAGCUGCUGGAGGGAAGGGCAACACCCUGAGAGAACAGCAGCUCAGCAGGAAUGAUAUCCCCAUCAUCGUAGACAGCUGCAUCGCCUUCAUCACACAGUAUGGUCUGGGUCACGAGGGGAUCUACAGGAAGAACGGAGCCGCGUCCAGGAUCAAACUACUGAUGGAGGAGUUCAGGAACGAUGCUCGCAACGUCAAGCUCCGGAUCGGGGAUAACUUCAUCGAGGAUGUGACUGACGUGCUGAAGAGGUUCUUCAGGGAGAUCGACGACCCCAUCUUCAUGGCCGACCUGCAUCAGCUAUGGAAGGAGGCUGUCAGAACAGCCAAGGAUAAGAACCAGCGUCUGGACAGAUACAAGGAGAUCAUCCGUAGUUUACCUAGAGUCAACAGGACUACCCUGGCUGCUCUCAUCAGCCACCUCUACAGGUCUGUAUACCCUCAGUACCCCAGCCUCUUUCAGACAGACUUUGGGAAGGAGAACACGAGGUGAAGAUCUUUGAUUGAAGACCUCAUAGACAACUACCUGUAUGUCUUUGAUAUUGAUGAGGAGCAACAGACCCAGAUAGAACUGGAGCUCAGCCUCAUCACCACCUGGAAGGACACACAGCUGUCCCAAGCAGGUGAUCUGAUCAUUGAAGUGUACCUGGAGAAGAAGAUGGCAGACAGCUGCAUCACUCUCAAGGUAUCUCCAACCAUGGGUGCUGAGGAGUUGACUAACCAGGUCCUGUACAUGAGGAAUGUCCCCGCAGGGGAGAAGGACGUGUGGCUGACGUUCGAGGCCAUAUAUGAAGGACAACUGGAGCGCCCCCUACACCCCAAAGAGAAGGUGCUGGAGCAGGCUCUACAGUGGUGUAAAAUGGCUGAUCCUAGUUCAGCUUACCUGGUGGUGAAGAGAGUUCCCAAAGGAGAGGGCAUCAACAUCCUCACUGCCUACAAGAGUGAGAUCAUGAAGAUGGGAGUUCUGAAGUGUCGUGAAGAUCCUCCCAAACUCCUCCACGGAAAAGUCUUUCAGGAACACACCUUUCAGAUCAAAGACCACAAGCUGCUACUGCUGAGGGACAAAAAGAGCAUCAAGCCGGAAAAGGAAUGGCCUCUGAAGUCUAUGAAGAUCUACAUGGGAAUUCGAAAGAAGCUGAAACCCCCAACUAGAUGGGGCUUUACUCUCAUGAUGGAAAAACAGCAACUGUACCUUUGUUGCUUUUGUGAGUCCGACCUAUGGGACUGGGUCACCAAUUUCCUCAAAGCACAGAAUGAUGACCCCCGACCUCCGGUGUUGAGGCGUCACUCCUCCUCAGACAUCUCCAAACAGAAGUUUGGGACCAUGCCUCUAAUACCAAUCAGAGGGGACGGACACGAGAGCAACUCUACCAUGCUGUCGGCCAAUCAGACUCUGCGAAAGCUUCACGCCAGAAGGACACUCUCCAUGUUUUUUCCCAUGAAGGUGCAGCAGGACUCGUUUGCGGAGCGUCCAGAGAGUACAGAGCCAGAACCCCCAGAGCCUCUGUAUGAGGAAGUAGGAGACUUCGGCCUGCAGGUCCUCAAGUCCCUGGAGACCAGCUUCCUCUCCAAUAACACCUCAGAGACCCAGGUCCCUCUGGGCCCACGGAAGACCUGCUCCCUAGACCGCAUGAUCGGCCUCAACCCGGUGCACUCUCUGGGGCCGGGAGGAGAGGGUCUGCUACCCCCUGCUGGUUCUCUGGAUACCCUGGUCCUGGGUGGAGGAGGGGACCUCCAGGAGUCUCCCCAGCCAGCGCCGAGGAGGAGGCAGCAGCACAGGCCCUGUACCCCCUCUCAGGAGCUGCUCCUCCAGGAACUGUCCUCCGUCUUUACCAAAAAAACAGAGAAGGAGGAGAAACUGCCAGAAGAGAAGAACGUAAUCUGAGGAGAGGAAGAGAUGUGUGCACAUGUAUUGUAGACUCAGCUCAGACAGACAGACAGAGAGACAGAGAGACAGAGAGACAGAGAGACAGAGAGACAGAGAGACAGAGAGACAGAGAGACAGAGAGACAGAGAGACAGAGCAUGGGCGUAUGGACACAACCCAUUUGUUUGGGUGGUGUGUCAAAAAUACAUGAUCAGAUAUGAAUAAGCAUUUACUUAUGUUUUAUCCUAUAAACUACUUACUGUUCUGCUAUCACUGGUAUGUACAGACCCGUUUUAUAUUGAAAGAUGCCUUUUGGAUUAUAACGACCUUGCUAAUUGCUUUAGCUAUGAACUACGUUUUUGUACAUGUUUUUGAAUCGUUUACUAAACGACUGAGGGAGAGGAGAAAUGGAUGCUUCUCUCAUCAGGCAUGUCUGGUGGUGAUGCAUUUGGCAUUAAACCAUUAUUUUUGUUAGUAUUAAACAACUGGAUUUUAAAUAUAAAUGUGUUACAGUCUCUGUAUGUAAUAAUUUAUUUUUGAAAGAAUAUUUUAUCAACUUUUUUUUGUAAAAGCUGUGAAAGUAAGAAAAGGAGAGCUUUGCUUUUAGAAACUACAAUAUCUAGCCAGUAGGUGGCAGUAUGCACUAUCUCCUAGACAGCCACAGAUAACCCAGUGUGUUGCUACACUAUCUGGCCAGAAGGUGGCAGUAUGCACUCACUAUCCUUUAUAUAGUACAAAUGGAUCCUUCGUUUUAUUCAUGUAUACACUUCCAAGUCUAAUGCUUUUUCAUCAAUAUGCCAUGUUCAAGAUAUCCUCCUUUUUCAUCAGUCUAAAUAGACAAUAAUAUAUUCCAAUUUGACUGCCUUUGCCAAGUGUGUUAUAAUGCAUUUGCCUGCAUUGUCGUCCAUUAGUCAUUAUUCACAACUUACUGUAAAUAGUGUACAUAUUCUUCUGUAUGCUUAUACCACUUCAAUAUUCAUAAUGCAGUAUUUUACGUUGCUACAUGAAGGACUAUAUUAAAUGUGAUAUUUUUGUUUUA